ACCUCCAAUCCACCGAUCCCCACCGCACCGCCUCACUCACCUCCAAGCCAAACAGACCAGAGCAGCAGGCCCCAAGAUGAGCGCCCAAGCAUACUACGAGCUCUACCGCGGGAGCAGCAUCGGCCUCUCCCUCACGGACACCCUAGAUGACCUGAUCAACGAAGGCCGCAUCGAGCCCCAGCUCGCCAUGAAGAUUCUGUCCACGUUUGAUCGCAUCGUGACGGAGGUGUUGGCGGAUAAAGUGCGCGCGCGGUUGAACUUUAAGGGCCACCUCGAUACAUACCGAUUCUGCGACGAAGUCUGGACGUUCCUGAUCAAGGACGUGACCUUCAAGUUGGAUAAUCAGACUACCGUGUCGGCCGAUAAGGUUAAGAUCGUGAGCUGUAAUAGCAAGAGGCCUGGGGAGGUUUGAAUGAUGCUCCGGGGACCUGAGCCCACUGGGGUGGCAGGGAGAAGAGAAAGGGAUACUGGUUACGGGACUUUACGUUCGCUUCGGUCUGCGCUUAUGGCGUUCUUCUGCUUAUGCGUGCGACAAGACUGACCUAGAGGUUUUUGUCUCUGGGUUGUUUUUCUGUUUAAAUGGGUUCGGGCGUUACUGGAGGGAUGGAGGUUUGCGUGCAUAUCUUUUAAGAGAGGGUCACCGCUGAGAAAUUCCUUGCUUUAUGUGCAUGGAGUGUAUUUAGAUUUAUUUGCUUAUGGAAAUGUGAUACCCG